AUGAAUGAAGAUAUUAUCGGUGAGGAUUACCUUGACGAUCCAAUACGGCUGUUUGAUUUCGAACAAAGUAGAGUGUGUUUUUCACAAUUCUCAAAUUAUAUUUUUGAGGAUCCUGGUUUUAUUAUAGAUAUUAGUAAUGACGAAACAAGAGAAUAUAAGGAAAUAUCUUCAUAUAGAAAAGAGCCUUCUAUGUUACCGGUAACAUUUUUAAAUAUUGAGAGAAAUGUUAAACUUCUAAGUGAAUGUCGUCCUCUUUCUAUAAGACUUAUUGAUUGUGAAAAAUAUCCAAAUUUUUAUAAAGCGAAUGAAGAAUUAAAGCGAUACGACAAUGAUCUAAAUGAAAACAUCGAGGAACUAAGUAGCGAAGAGGUAAUAUUUAUUAAUGAAAAUAUACCAAAAAAGACAUCAAUUGAAAAUAUGGAAAAAAUCGACGAAAAAUUUAUUAGGCACUCAGAAUAUCCUACAAAAUAUACCAUAAUACAAAAUAAUUCAGAACAUGGGGAAAAAGUUAUUGUUUCUGAUGAAGUAUCAAAGAGAGAACUAUAUAGUGAAUUUACACAAAGUGAAUCUGUUCAUAGUCUUGAUACAUACGCAAGGAUUAUUGACAAAGCAUAUCAAAAAAUACAAAAAUGUGUGAAAUCAUCUACUAAUGUUAUGAAUCAGUCAGAUCAUGAAAAUACAGAUACACAAGAUAACAGUUAUAAACUUUCUAAGGAAAAUAUUUCGAUAGAAGAAAAGGUAAAUAAUGCACUUGUAAUGGAGCUAGAGACAUCUAGAUCUGCAAGUACGACUUCGUUUGUAGAAAAUCAAAAUAUUCAAUCAAGUAUUGUAAAUAACGAAGCGCAUAUAACAAAAAACAAUAAUCAGAUUACUGAAUUGCUGCCAGAAUCUAUGAUAGCAAUCAAAAAUAUUAAAGAAAAUAAAAACGGGAAUGGCUUGUGUUCACCGAUUUUACCCUGCCCAUUAAAAUCAAACAAUAAAACAGUGCAAGUAACUUCAAAUAUUUCACUCUCAUCGAGACAACAGCAUAAAAAUUCAUAUACAAUUUGUACGAAGAAAAUAUUUAGUGAUGAACGAGUAAUACCUCACUAUCAUGAAGAGACCUUAUAUAAUGAUGUAAAUUCUACACAUAUGAAAGAAUUAAGUAACAACAAAAAGAAAAAAUAUGCUACUUGUAGAAUUAGUAAUUUUACCAACAAGAAACUAAAUCCUAACAUACCUAAUACUAACAUACCUAGUACUAACAUAUCUAGUCCUAACAAAUGUAAAAUAAGUCGUACUAAUUUAAGUAACAACGUCAGUGUAAUAAAUAGAAAUAUUCCGUUAUUGAACAGUUCAACCACAAAUAUAUGUCCAUUUCCAUGUUGUUUAAGUCAUGCUGUAACAAGACAAGAUAUAAAUUGUCACGCAAACGUUAAAGAUAACGAGAUAUUAACACUGAAAGAUAUCAACGAAAAACAGUCAAUUAUGAACAAUUUAAAAGAACAUAAUAAAAAAUUUAUACACAAAAAAAUUCCGACACUACUGAACCAAAAACCUCAAGUUGUAAAUCAAAUGAAUAGCAAUUUUCAAUAUUAUCCAAUACAGCCUAUUAUAUCUAGUGGUCCGCCAAAUCACUAUUAUUCAAUACCUCAAAGUGGUAUUAAAUCUUCUGUCGAGCACAUUUCUAAUAAUUUGCCUUUACCGAAUAGCAAUAGCGGUACAAAAUUACAAACACCCGCUGCAAAUACUCAUACUUUAAAACUAUUGCAUCCUAAUAUGAUUCCUCAGUUAACAACACAAAAUGAAAAUAUAAACCUUCAACCAGAAAUACCAUAUAACAGUACUGAGGAAUUAGUAUCUGAAAACUUUAAAACAUUGCCAAUAACAAAUAAUGCUGUAGAAACAAUAAGUACAGCACAAAAAAAUAGAGGUCAGAAUAUUAGUAAUUUAAUUUAUGUGCCCAAUGUAAAUGCAAAAUCAGUAAGCCCCCAAGAGAUCUCAGUAGAUGGUAAAAAUAAAAAUAUUUCAAAAAGGUAUACUCAUUUAAUUCAAGCAUUAAAACGUCCGAUAGAAAUGAAUACUCACAUGUCAAAUAUCCAAAAUCAACAGCAAAGAACACUUAAUAAUAAACAAGCAUGCGACUCUUCAAGACAAUCCAAUAGUGCCAAUAAAGGGUAUUCCCCACCGAUCUUACCUAUACCGACUUAUCAAAAGACUUUCGAAGUUCUAUCUAAAAUACAACAUUACUAUUUUCAAAAACUUAAAAGGAAUCAGGAUAUUAAUUUUGAUCAAACGUCUAAACCUAAUCCAACAAAGAAAAGAAAAAUGAACGAUAAUAAAGAAAAGGUUGCUAAAAAAAUUACCAUCAGUGAAUACAAGAAACGUUCGGAUUUAUCAAAAAGUGAGAAUAACGGUAAAGGUAAAAUGUUAAGUGAAGUAAGUGGUAAAGAUAGUUGUCAUAAAGACAUUCUUUCAGAAGACUUGGACGGUACGAUUAUGAUAGAU